UGUAAUUUAGGCGAGGGACCGAGAGUCAAGGGGCGAACUGGGGAUCAGGCUUGGCAGUGGGCUUCUAAAGACAUCACCGAUAGGGCGGGGGACGGGAGUGACGCCCUUUUCGACUUUCUAGACUUUGCUAAACCGGUAUAUAGCCACCCUACACAGUGUAUGUGCAGUUUGUGUAUGCAGAAGGGAAAUUAAACUAAUGUAAGCCAACAUUUGGAAACCGUGACCCUUGGCGAUGAGAAGAAAUUGAAUUUCCACUGGUCUCCGUGCGUCGCGCAGUCGGACUCUGGUGAUGCCUGUGGUGUGGGGAUCGCCGUGCAUCUCAGGAAAACAGGGCGUCGGAGGAUGAUGGUAAUCAAAAGAGCAUCAUGGCAAACGGAACCGGCACUAUUAUGUUGAAAUGCGUUGUGGUUGGUGACGGUGCUGUGGGCAAAACGUGUCUGUUGAUGAGCUAUGCCAACGACGCCUUUCCAGAGGAGUACGUACCCACUGUGUUUGACCAUUAUGCAGUGAGUGUCAACGUUGGCGGGAAGCAGUACUUAUUGGGAUUGUACGACACCGCUGGUCAGGAGGACUAUGACCGCUUGAGGCCUUUGUCGUACCCCAUGACCGACGUCUUCCUGAUCUGCUACUCCGUAGUCAACCCGGCCAGUUUCCAGAAUGUGAGGGAAGAGUGGGUCACCGAGCUGCAGGAGUAUGCCCCCAGUGUCCCAUACCUCCUCAUAGGCACUCAGAUUGACCUUCGUGACGACCCCAAGACCAUUGCCAAACUGAAUGACAUGAAGGAGAAGCCCAUCACCACAGAGCAGGGCCAGAAGCUAGCCAAGGAGAUUGGCGCGUGUGUCUACGUGGAAUGCUCGGCUCUCACCCAGAAAGGACUGAAAACUGUGUUUGAUGAGGCCAUCAUCGCUAUCCUGACCCCCAAAAGGAAGAAGGGCGCCCUGAAGAGAAGACUGGGGCCGCGCUGUAUCAACUGCUGCCUCAUCACGUGAGAGAGAUGGGAACGUCCAACAACACCUGGGUCAUUUUCAUUAGGGCAUGCAACAGAAAAUGUCUGAAAACAUGUCGAAACAAAAAAAAAAGCUUAUUUUUUUUAUUGGACAAGAUCAGGUAGCCCCACCCUGUUUCAGACUGUUUUUCUUCCAUUUGGUGUCUAAUGAAUACACUCCUGAAUACAAACCAGAACGAAUGACAGAGACAGAGGUCAUAAGAAGGGGAAAAUGACUGAAGGACCGAAAUGGACAAAUGAGGACCCUAUUUUUAGUUGAGGGCUCUUGAGCGGUUUUGUCUCUCUCCUGCUGUCGACCAAUGGAGUUGGAGGGGGGGGGGGGGCAGCUUUACUACCAAAGGAGCACAAUACCCAGGUCAACAACGCCCUUCAGUAAGAAUUUAUUUGCCUUCAAAAGUAUGUUCUUUUUUUUUUAAAGCUUUUUUUAAAAAAUGCUUUUCCUGUACACAUAUGUAUCAAGCUGUCAGAACACAGAGGUAUCAUUGUGUCCAUUUAACUCCAUUUAACUUUUUUGUACUGUCUGCUGUAAAAAUUAAUGAAUGGAUGCAUUGCAUUGCAUUUAUUUAAAGCGCUUUCCAUCAGGCCUCUAAGUGCUUUACAUUAUGUUUUGGGUAACUCACCUUAGCCACCACCAAUGAAAUGCAUACUGUUUAAAAAAUAAUAAUAAUACUUUGAUCCCAUCCAGUAUGGGUAGUUUUUUAUGAUCCCAUAUUUUAGGACACGAUCUGCUUCUCUUGCUCAGCUUGCAGUGCUAAUAUUAAAAAUGUUGGAUUUAUUGUUGGCGGUAGCCCAAUGGUGCGAAAAUAAUUGAAUGCACAUACCUGUAUGGGAUACAGGGAUGUGGGGAGAGCGGCACCAACAUUAAGCACAGUCCACAUACCUAUCCCUGUACAUUAAAGCACAGUUUUAAAAAAUCAA